UGUUCUAAAAAUCUGAUGAUUUGAGAUGGAAUGAGUAUUACCAACUAAAUUAAUAUAUAAAAGUAAAAAUCAUCAUUCAAGAUGUCUUUUUUUCCCUGAAUGUUAGAUGCAAUUAGCUAAAUUUUGCAUAUUUUUAUCAUCUGCUUGAAUUAGUUAAAGAUCGACAGAUACUGAACAUUUCCAGGAGCAGGAAAUUUUGAUAUCAAUAUAUCUGUUAUAUAUACACACAAUAUAUCUAUUGUGUGUAAAUAUAUGAGUUAUAUUAAAGCUUUCCAGCAAUGUUUUUUUCACAAACUAAUUAGCGAUUUAGCAUUAAGGCACCACUUAACUCUACACCACUGCCUGUUUAGCUGUGAUGCAUUCUCUACUACAUGUGCUGCACACAGUGCUGAGAGUGCUGUAAACAGUGGAGUCGGGGUUGUUCUGCUGGACAAACUAUAGCUUGACAUUUUACUACUUUCUAAAUUACCUCACGCACCUUUUCCUGCACUAUUUUCUGUUAGAGAAGGUUUUCAUAUGGUGUGUACCGGACAAUGUCUAUGCAAAUACUGAUAUAUUAGUAAUAAGUCAAUAAUGGCUGAUAACACUGGCCAAUUGAUAUAUCGUUCAAACUUUUGUUACUGUAUCUAUAAAUUGAUAGAGAACAGCAAAAAAUAACCACCGCAAUUUUUUCAAAGCCAAAAGUGACAUGUUGAAGUUCAAAUAGCUUUGCCCAACCAACAGUAAAUAUUUAUUGUAAAUUCAAUUUAUUAUUAAAAAAAUACUAAGAAAUUUGAGGAGCUGCAACCAAUUUUUGCUUAAAAUUUAGCUAAAAUGAUCAAUUAUCCUGACAGAUGCAGGAUAAAUAUUAGUGUUAAAUUAUGUCUUACAUAUUAAUGUUCAAGCACUAUUUUAAUAAGUUGACUAAGCUAAUUUAAUGGUUAUUGUUUUGAGUAGUUGAGUCCAUGAUAAUGCAUCUGAAAUGUAAAUGUAACUGUCAGUUGAGUCAUAAGGACAAUAUUAUCCUCUGAGACACAGUGGACUGCAAAUAAAAACUAGCAUAAAAUGAGAGGACUUAAGUAACGUGACAGAAACUCAAAAUGGUAUCAGGCAGUACCCAGAAACAACAGACUCCUACCAAAUCCCUUGAAAGGACACAAUUCUACUCACAAUAAACACAUCUUUUGUCUUUGUGUUAGAGAAAUUAAAUGACAAAUAUUGAAUUAGGAUUCAUUUAAUCCUCGGUUGACAACAUGCUUUGGCUGUGGAUUAAACAGGGGCUUCAUUUUCAGUAGAGCAGUUUUUAUUAACGAUACAGCACACAGGAUGUUGAUGUCUAAACAUUAUUAGUCUCACAUUAGAUUAGUUGUCAGACUGCUGUGUUGAUGUUCCCUUUUAAACUGCAUGUUUACUUCCGAGAUUGAAAACGUGAUUUAAAGGCACUCUGCAUGGAGCCAUAUACAUGAUGUUGCUUUGGUGAAACGUAAAAUAAUAACUUUUGCAGGGGUGCGUCGGUGAAGAAAAAAUGGAUAACGUUUUCUGUGCUGUUUCUGCACAAUUAGUACUAAGUGCCUCUUGACCUAACAAUCAGUGUUACCACAAAUUAUCACUAAUUAUAUCAACCUCUGUGAACAAGCACAUGGUGCUGGAGGAGUUUGGCUGUUGAUUAUUUUAUUAGUUAGUUUACAACAAAUGUAAAUCUCACUUUUCCAAGAAAUGACCGUUGAUCCUGUCUAGUUUAACAUAUCAACACACUAUAAAUGGUUGUAGCCUGAAUGUGAUACUGACUGCAGGUGCAGAUGCAAAUUCCUGGUUAAAUAUUUCAAAUACUGUGUUUUAAAGCUCAAAUGGAUUAGUUUUUUUCUGUAACCAUGACAGGAACAAACAUCACAUAAAAGCUGUGAUAGGUUAAAGAACACUGCAUUUGUUGGUGUUUUUUUUUUUUUGAAUAUUCAUGAAUACACCCAAACUGAUUAUAUAAACAGUAAUCCGGUGUCAUCGUUACAGCGGGUUGUUACAGCUCGUCUGCGGCUCUCAUGGCACUUCUUAAAAAGUGAGAAUAAAAAUCUUCCAGUGUGUCGCGAAGUAAAUUAAGUUAGAGCUCACAUGUCCUGAGAUCUUAUUGUUAGAUAUUGCAUUCAUGGAAACUGCCUUAUGGGGCACGACGGUGAAGUCAUUAAGAAGCUUACAGACGUUCUGGCAGAUUAGGUUUUUCUCUUCUAAUCCUGUAGAUUACCACUGCACAUGCCUGCUGGCUGAGAGUGCUUCGUUGCGCUGCACAGUUUCUUUACAUUGAUCAUUUUUUUGUUGGUGCCACAACACUGAACUCCGUCGACUAAGAGGGAUACGAGCAGGAGAGCGAAGGAGGUCAAAGUGCAGCAGAACUACAGAGGGAAAACAAAGCUGCAGGAGGGACAACGCUUGAAAAAAAAAACAUAGAUGAAGCCAGGAUUUAGAGAUAUGUUCUGAGUUGGAUUUACUGAAACACAACAUGGAUUUUUAUAAAUAUCACGUCAUGGAGAUAUUUUUGUCUAGUGACAUGGUAUAGGUGGCAGACAAAACUACUAACGUUCAUCUAAGUGGAACAUUGGCUGACCAAACAGGAUCGUCUCUUUUGAAGACUGAUGCAAAUGGUGUCCGUCACUUUUUUGGGGUGAAAUGGAGACAGAGCCAUGUUGUGAGGAGCAUAAGGACUCUGCAGUGGAGCCUAUAGAGCCUGAGGUAAAAGAGGCAGAUUCAGAGCCUGCUGACAGGGACCGUCUCAAUGAGUUGUCCCGUGGGCCUGCAGAGGAAGGAGAGGAGCUGUGUGGGAAAGAGCAGGCUGGAACGGAGAGCUGUGCAGGGAAGAGUGAAAACACUGAGAUUAAAAGCCCCUCUGAUCCUGGGGGAGAGAGUGGAGGGACAGAAUUGAAGGAACGGAGGAAACUGAAGAAAACAAACAGUUGGAAGAUGGUACGAUUCCAAGACCCAUCAGAGGACGACGAUGUUGCGGAGAGGGACAGCUCAGCAGAGAGUCUCUUUCCAGAUUAUGCAAUGGAGGAGUGGACCUCUGCAACCUUUGAGGAGCUGUUCAUGGCAGAAGAUUGGAAGGACAUCACAGAGGACCGGCUGUUGAGGAAGAAGGUGCUGAAGUGUGGGACCCUGCAGGCCCCACAUCCCACCUGGGGCCAGGAGGUGACUGUGAAGAUGCAGUGUGUCCUGGAGGACCGCACUGUGGUGGAGAAGGACGGCAAGCUCGUCUUUGUUAUCGGAGAAGGAGAUGUAAACCAGGCCCUGGAGGAGUGUGUCAUGUCCAUGCAGAAGGGUGAGAUCACGUUACUGCUGGCAGAUUCACAGUACGCCUAUGGACUUCUGGGAAGAGAGCCUGAUAUUCCAGCCUGGACUCCUUUACUCUACCAGCUGCAGCUGCUGGACAUCAGAGAGAAACCAGACCCGCUAACUCUGCCCAUCGCCGACCGCAUUCGCAUCGGCAACCAGAAACGAGAGCGAGGAAACUUCCAUUUCCAGAGGGAGGAAUACAGCAUGGCUGCCAGGGCCUACUGUAUAGCUCUGGAUGUGCUAACCACACGCAGCAGAGAUGGCAGCGAUGGGAGCGUGAAGGCAGAGGAGGAAGAGGUGCAGGACUACCGGGUGAAGUGUUUGAACAACCUGGCCACCACUCAGCUCAAACUGGAGCAGUUUGAUGAGGCGCUGCACACCAGCCGGGACGUUCUGACCCUGGAGCCAAACAACGUCAAGGCCCUUUUCAGGACGGGAAAGCUCCUGUCAGACAAGGGUGAAUACAAAGAGGCGAUGGAGGUACUAAAAAAGGCCUUGAAACUGGAGCCAGCCACCAAGGCGAUUCACGUUGAGUUAUCUAAGCUCGUCAAAAGGCAAACAGGAGGCAAAGAUACCAAAGAAUGGAAAGCCAAACCAGCAGAGAUGCUUGGAGAUGACAUCACACCUUUCCUGAUUCCACCUAAGAAGAAGCCAUCUGGAAUUUCCUGGAAGUUCAUACUCGGAGCUCUGGUGGUGGCCUUGGGCAGUUUAGUGACGUCAGUGAUUCUGACUGCAAGAAACUGAAAUCCUCUGCAGGAAGCACUUUGGAAACCAUCACCAUGAGCAGGAGCAGAGUUCAGUCUCCAGUCCUCUAUAGUCAGCUCAUUUAAAAAGAGUUUUCUACUGCGAGUGCAAAGCAGCAGCACUGGAGCCUGAACUUGCAUUUAUUCAACUUUCAUGCAGUACAAAAAGAUUUCACUGAAAGUUGAAGAGUUGAAUCGAGUGAAUUCUUAAUACCAACAGAGAAUUCCACUGAUCGAUAACACAGAAGUGUCUAACAGACGUCUUUCCAGUUCAAUCUGUUUUAUUUGGAAAAGGGGUUACAUUUCUUUUUGUCAUAAAAAACCUGCCUUGGAACAGGUCACAGAUGCUCAAAAAAAAAAAAAAAACUAAACCCAGUGGACAUGGAAGUUUUGGAAAGACUAUCCAAAUAAUUAAUCAAAAAGUAACUUAAGUUAAUGAAUAACACUGUAAACAUCACAAAUGUGAAAUAUUUGAUCAGUGCUCCCUUUAGAGGUUUAAACUGCAAAGCAAUAUUGCUUCCACUGAUGCUUAUAGUAAAAAAAAAAAUUAAAAUGUGAGCUGUCCUUUUGUCUGUUUUUCAAAAAUAAAAAAAUAACACCACAGUCAAAGAAAUAUGGUCUCAAAGGAAAUGAAAGUGCAUUAACCUGGUAUAACCAUUAAAAUGUUUAGAUAGAAUCUCAGUUUAGGCAUGAAUGUUCCUUAUUUAUUUAGUUCAUAAAAUUACUAGCAAAUAAAUACAAAAUUUUAGAAAAAUAUAAGCUUGAUUAUAUUACAUGUAUAUUUGUACGCGUGCAAUUUUCCAACAACAGCAACCUUCAGCUUGAUCAGAGAUUUAACAUCUAUGAAACUUCAUGGGUGAAAUAUACCAAAGUUAAAAUAUCAAGAAAGUGUCCUUGCAGAAGAAAUGGGAUUCUUCAUCACAAAAUAAAAAUGGCACGGUGUCCUUCAUUGCUCCGUCUACAGUCCACAGCAGCUGUUAAGAGUCUUCUUUGGGUUGUUUUGACUGAGUCUGACCUGAGAAUCUGAUUGCCGUCUCAGUUUGACAUUUUUCUUUACUUCUCUGAGGAAAAGUAAAAAAAUAAACGCAAGGUGUUACAGUUUGCGAAGGAAAAAACAUUUCAACUUAAACUCUCUGCCUGGCCUCCUACCUUGCUAGGUGAAGCACAGCCUCCACGACGUUGGUUCCCUCUUUGGCACUGGUUUCGCAGAACAAGGCACCGUACGCCUGCAAGCAAAGCAGCAACAUCCCUGACUGCAGUUAGUUUACGGAGACGCCUUGGAGGCCUGGCAUCUGUAUAAACAUUUUUCCACCAGGUGGAAUGAAACUUACUCACCUUGGCCAACUUUUCCCCGUGCAAACUGCUCACACAACUUCCCUCUGGAAGCUGCUCUCGGAGGUCCACCUUGUUUCCAAUAACACACAUGGGGAUUUUUUCGUCUGUUGAAUCCUUCACGAAAACAAAGGACACCGUAAAUUAUUUUCCUACUUUUUAUGGAGGUGAUUCUUUGUCAUUCAUGCAACAUUUGAUGAGCAUCAUUGCCGCUACCUGAAUCUGAUCCACCCACGCUCUGACGUUAAGGAAGCUGCUUUCUGAAGAAACAUCAUAGAGCAGCAGGAUUCCAUGAGCUUUCCGGAAAUAGGACCUGGCAAUGCUACGGAACCUAAAAUAAAAAGAAAAACUAUCAUUUUAGUAUAGUGUUUACACAGUUAGGACACCACUUUUCUUGCUGCUCCUUUGUUAAACAGCAUGAAACGUCCCAACAAGAAGCACCGUACCUCUCCUGCCCAGCUGUGUCCCAUAUCUGCAGACACGUCUUCUCUCCAUCCACCAGCAUCCUCUUUAUUUGGAAAUCAACGCCUGGGAACAAGAGAAAGCAGAUUUGAAUGUCUGUUAAAUGUCUGAGAUCAAGAAUGCGUCAGCGUUACAUUGAAAGUGAUGUGUUGACUGUGGCACCAACCCAGCGUUGUCUGAAUAUCUCCUCUGAACUCGUUGAGUGUCAGCCUCAGCAGGAAGCUCGACUUUCCAGCUCCGGCGUCUCCAGCUAAAACCAGACGAUACAUCGGUGCAGGUUCCUCCGUUUCUGCCAAGUCUGCUUCUAAUGGCUGCAUGAACAGAACACAGAAAUAAAAAUUAUAAGCUUAUCCAAUUUUGACCAUGAGAAGGGAAUUGAAAGCUACUAGAAUAACUUUUGUCAUCGAAAGAUUAGGUUCCUAAACAAAACAAAUGGGGUUGAGAAUAUAAAGAUGUGGUUAUAUAAAAAUAUUGUUUAUACAGCAUUUCAGCAACAACAUUUCAGUGUAAUAAGUAGAUACUUUGGACUGACAGUGAAUUGAAAAACAAUUAUUUGUGCUUUUGACACCUCGCCACCAGCAGCAGCUAGCAGAUCUGCCUCACUGUACUUAACUCCUUGACGCCUAUUGUCACAAAUUCGCAACAUACCACUUUCAUUCAGAUUGCAGCCGAGAUAGCGUAUCCAUUCUCCCACUGCUGGUUUGUGCUUAUUCAAUACGUACCUCGGAACCUCUUACAAGCACUGGUUUCUCGUAGGACUGGUUGGUGUAGGACCUAAUCAUUAUGUAUCUGUUAUUAUUAUUAUAUAUCUGUUCUAUGUGUAAUAGACAGAGUAACAAUCUCCACUUAUUUAGCAUCAGCUGGAAAGCAAAAACACGCAAAAGCUUUUUUUAUUUAAUUGUAAAUAAAUUCAGGCAUCAAGGGGGUAAGCAUUGUAGUGAUUUGAUAGAACAUAUUCCCAAUGACAAUGUGCUGAUGUUAAGCAGGUGAUUUAGCACUGGGAAAAGUUAAGCGAUCACUAAAGUUAUUACAAUUCAUCCUGAUGGGAACAUGAAUGUCUGUUUCAAAUGUUACUAUGAUUCAUCCAUUUAAGGACUGAAGAGAUGGAGCAACUGACUUGUACAUUACUUGUACGUUUGUCAGUGAACACCUAUAACUAGACCUACCACCUCGUAAUUGUUGGUCUCCACCAACCAGUCAAGCAGCAGUUUACAUCCAUGUCUCUGCAUUGUCCAGUAAAUCCACUAAACCCUGCGACAUGCUGUUGAAACCAAGUGCUGAUGAAUCAAAGUAUGAUAAAUGGCUGAUUCAUACAAAAUGCAAAAGAAAUUUAAUGACAAUGUCAUUACUUGAUCAUUUUAUCCUAGUAGACAUUAGUGUGAAAUUUUGUCAUAGUUUGCUCAGGAAUUCUUGAGUCGUGGCCAAAAACCUGUUUUGUGAGGUCAUACUGACUUUACCUAAACCACCGUUUGUGAAUCUCUGUUAUUUGAAAAGUUAGUGGUGAAGAAAAAUGAAUAGCAGAAGAAUCCUGGAUGAAUCCAUGUUAAUAUUAGUACAGAAUUUAUCUAGAGUUUUAAACUGUUUGACUUUAAGUUCUGCUCUCCUGCCUGAUUCCUUCAUGCUGCAUGAAAGUAGAGCUUAUCUAUUAGUACUUUAGUUCUACCCUGGUGGUCUAACUAUCCUAUGUUCCGUAAAUCACCGUAUAAGUGCUUACUACAAAGGUAUUAUGCAGUAAAAUACUGAUCCAGUUCACCUUUGUGGAGAAGGCAGACAACCGUCUUCGUAGGGAUGAAGCAAUGGAGUUCGUCCUGCUAGGAGUCACUGACACUGCAGCUUCAGAUUUCACCUCUGAUAUCUGGAACAGAUAACAAAAAUGCUAAUUUUAAGUGAAAGAGAGCACAGCAGGGUAUUGGCAGCGUCUGACCCGCUCAUCAACCCCUGUGUUCUCUCUGACCUCCACAUCAGAUGGGACAUAUGAGUAGCUGCGGUGCACAGUUUCCGUCGAGCUCCUGCUGUCAUCACUGUCAUAAUCGCUGCCUGAGAUCUCGGCCGUUUCCAUCGGCAAGGAAACUCCACUGUCCAGGUACUUAUCAGCCCAGGUGGUCACAUGAGAGUAGGUUUUGCUGGGAUCCUGCUCCAAGCUGCACCCAAGCAUCGACACAUGCACUUAAGGCUUUAGCUGUGACAAUUUCAUUCACAGAGAUCAAACCGCAGAGUCACAGAGGUGUGUAAGAAACUAUGUACCUGCCAUGGUUGAGUGUGCUCUGUCGGAGGGGUUUCAUCCUUCGAGCUGGGAUUUCAUUUUGGGGAGACAGCUGUUGAACAGAUUAGAAAUGCCAGGGAGGAAACUUUAUUUCUUUGCUCCUAAACUAGUGAAAACUGUUAGCCUUUAUCUGACGUAGAGUCAGGAAAUAUGAAACUAGCAAAGAAGAGACUUACCCUCCUUUUACCUGCGACCACCUCAUUGGCCAGUGCUGAGCGCAGCCCAUCGUUACUGUCAUACAGCUUUUUAUUCAUCUCCCUAAUGAUGCGUUUAAGGAAUUACAUGACAGAAUCAGAUACAUGUAGAUUUAUUUACAAACAUACACCUGUGGAAACGAGUGCCGUUUUACAGUUCAAGGGCUGAUUUUUAUGUGGUUCAACUUAAACUGGAUGGUAUUUACAGACUGGACAAUAAAGAGUAAGAAAGAAUUUGCAUAGACAGGACUAACAGAAGUGUCAAGGAACGUAUUAUGAGUCAAUAUUUGUCUUCAAUUGGUUUGAUCAAAUCCCUAAAUCAAUUCAUUCUCUGAUGUUAAACUGCACAGUUCAAAUCACCUUGUUUAGACCUUGAUCAUUUUUUAAGAAUGUGGUAAGAAGAGGCAUAGACGCAGCGUUACAUACUGUUUUUAAUCUUGCCAGUCUCUUGUGGUCUAGAUUAUAGAUUGUUGAAGACCCUUUGCAAACCUUUAAACUGCAAAAAUUUGCCUAUCGUUCUAAGACACGCUUAACCAGCAGAUGCUUUGUAAAAGUAAUAUGUAGAAAUAUUCAUAGCAUUCAUAAUACAGGACAGCAUCAGAAAAGCCUGCUUUGCUGUGGUUAUUAAUGUAUAGCACUUUUUGGAUUAUACCUUCUCCUACAUGUAUAAUAAAAUGUAGUACAAAUGUGUUUUAGUAUACGCUACAUUGUUAAUUUAAAAAGGCCCAUAGUAGACAACAUUAUCAACUGAAAAACAGACUCACUGGAGGAUCUGAAUCUGACUGGAGUACGACUGGUAUUCCAUCACCAUCCUCUUCAGGUCCUCUGUUUCUCUGUGAAAACAUAAACUCUCAUUGUGUUGGAUCACAUUUCUUGUACGUCACACAUGAGCUGAGCUUAAGGUUGUAUGUAUUUAGUAUUAAGCAUGAUCACGGCUUCCCACAAACAUCGUCAAAUGAGAUGUUCUAUGCACUUCAUAGAACACUCUGCACACAAAGCAGCUCAUAGAUAAAAGCUCUUGGUUUCAACUUCAGUAAAUCUGAUGUCAGAACAUUUUUUUUUCACUUUUCAUGGAAUUUUUGGUCACAUACUUCUGCAGUAAAUGAGUGAAGAGACUGUCACCAAACUAGCAUAUACUGAAGCCUGCAUGUGAAGCGUUUAGGGAACAUAAGUCAUUUUUAGUGUCUACAAGUUCAGCAAGUGAGGUGCUCUGGGUACAGUUUUAUUUAUAUUUAGCCUCUAGGAGAUUUGUAAAGAUUUAUACUUUAGCUGGAAUGAAUCACAACAUGGAAGUGAAAGCAGUGCUCCAUUAAUUCAAAUGUGAAAAAAAAAAGCAAUCCAAAUAUUUUGUCUGUAAUGGUGAUAUCAAUAUUGAUCACAAUAACUGUGGUUAUCAGUUUGGUGAUGACUGUGCAGCCCCUAGCUGAGCUGGGCUUAAACACAGGGCUUUACCUCUCAUGUUGAGCUUUCUGAUCUGCAUACAUGUUCUUCAGUUUGUCCAGCUCUGAGUGCAGGAUGGCGGUGUUUGUCUGGGCCUGCAGGAGAGAGCCUCGCAGCUGCUCGUUUUCCUGUCAGGAGAGUCGGUCAGUAACAAACCAAUACAACAUGCAUGUGAUUUGUUCGACUGAGCUUCCAGCAUGACUUACCUGUGAGAGAUUACUGACUUGUCUGUUUAGUGUCAUCACCUCCUCCUUUGUCUGGUUUAGCUGAGACUCCUCUCGGCUCUUGACAAUAAACAUUAGCACCUAGUUAAACAGGUUAUGUUGCUGAUGACAAAUGUGUUUUAAAAAGAGCAAGCAUGGAAAACCACAGUCAGAGCUUCGAAAUUACCUCAAACCCAUCUUAAGCAUUGGUGUUGUGUAAUCUCUUGGAAUUUUACAAGUCAGCAUAUACACAACAUACCAAUAUACUGGCAUUAAGUUAACAGUGGCACAUAUUGUGUACUGGAUCAGCUGAUUUAGAUUUAGUCAGGCUUUUAUGUCCACCGUCACCAUCUACAGGACAAGGAAAGCAAGUGCUUCCACAAUUUGUCCCAAGUGGAGACAUUCAGCACUAUGGUACUUUUCUUUAAUUGCUCUCUUUUACAAUAUGUGUGUGAGGAAUCAUAUGUAACAUUUGAAAACAGCAAAAUUUAACAAAGUAUUUAACUGCAGUAUGCCUUCUACUCAAUACAAGAUUACAAUUGCAUCUUUCAACUCUAGAUUCUCAAGUAUACAUUUUUCUACUGGUAGAAAUGCUCUAAUUGAGUGUUGUGGUGUACUGCAGAUCUUCUCAGGUAUUGAUAAUGUACAGUCCAGCAUCAGAUUUCUAUUGAUCUAUAGAUACCACUGAAGCACAACACAGAUGAAACAGGAUUCUCUGUGUAUCUUCCAGUAAAAUGUAAGUGAAAGAUGUGAUUCUCAGCACGAGGACAGUGAAUUUUUGGGUACAAAAAAGGGUCUGGAGGACACGGCGUAACUCACAUCCUUUUAUUGUGCAAACGGAGUAAUGUUUCAACAUUACUGGUUAUUCAUCAGUAACUGCACAACAUGGACGAGUCUUAUCAAUGUGUAGAAUUUGUUAAUUAUACAUCUGGAAGUUAUUGCGUUUGCAUUGUUUUGUUUACUCAUUGAUGUAGAGUAGCAAUGUUAAUGAAUAUAGGAGGUAACUGCCAUGAAAUCAAAUGAUGUUUGUGACAUUAAGUAUUGAUAUCAAUUUCUGCAAGCAGCUUAACUGUGAACAUGGCUUUCCAAGAGGUGUGACAGAGCCUUUCUUUAACCUGUUGGUCACGAUAAACAAUCAUUACAUGCAUUGGAAACUGCGUGAGCUUGUUGAUUUUAAUCCAUGCAUGCUGUCUAUGCAGCCACCAUGACUAACCGUAACACCAACCUUUAAAUAUUUUACAAGAAAUGCGCACUAGUGUACAUGUAAUACAUGCAGAUGUCCUGUUGCAUUGCUGUAACCUCAUAAGCUUUCCAUGCAGGUGACUGUGACAAUGAUGCCUGUUUAAAAAUAUAUAUAUAUAUAAAAAAAAAAAUUCUUUCUGUCAGUUUUCAGAUUUGUUGAAACACAAAAUCCUCCCACGCAAAAAGCAGCCGUUAAAAAUAAAAAUGCUGCAGUGAAAAUCACUUGUACCAUGGCAGAAAAGCAGGCUGGACAGGAAACAGCAUGUGGCUGCUUUGCAAGCUUGGGAGCUAGAAUGGCUCAUGGGCAAACAAAGAAGUGGUCUUUCAAGCUGGCUAUGCACCAGACUGUCUUGUGAUUUUGCAGGUCAAACUUCAAUCAGACUUAAUUUUGGCCAGAACUAAUGAGGCAGGCUCUAUUCACAACCAGAGGAACAGAUCUUGAACUGUUCCUAAUUUAAAUUGAUGUGGCCUGCAUCUCUGACUGACUGCACUUUAAAGCCCUAGUCAAACAGUUUGUCUUCUGUACAUACACAUCUAACGGUGCAUCAAUACAAGCUGUGUUGUGAUUAUUAUAAUAAAAAACAUAGUAUGCUUAAAGCAGCACUAGCCUUCAAAACACAGAUCACAUCCAUGGCCAGUUGGCAUAUUCAUCUCUCUCUCAAUCUUACUUUCCCUCUGAAUUGUCACAUUUCUUUCCUCCGUUUCCAAGGUCAUUUGCCACGGAGUUUUUCUAUGUACUUUUAUCCAGCCAGCAAAUAACCACCACAACCGUCUCGUACAGAUAAACACCACUGUGUCUUUUUAGUUUACCAUUUUUCUGCAAGAAUGGAGAAGCAAAAUGUGAUCACAAGGGGUCACUGGAGAUAUGUUUAGGUGCAUUCUGUUGCCUUGAGUGAACUGUCUUCUUUCUCAGCUUGAUCUUAACAUAUUGUGGAUAUUUUUUGCAUUAAAUGCAGCUUGUGGAUGCUGGAUAUUAGGCGUAACAGGAGUUUAUAUGUUCUUUGCUUAAAAUGUGAGAAAUCUGAAAACACUUCAUCUUUUGGUCUGGCUCAUCAUGCUUUUCGAGAAAUUAAACCAUAGCUAUACAUACAAGAGCUCUCUUUCAGGUACAGUGGCUGUCUUCACUUUUUCAUGCAAAAAAACCCCCAAAACAAAACAAACAUGUUUUCCAUGGGAGAACAAAUGUGUGUUGUCUGUGGAAACCUACUUUCAGCAGUCUGUCCACUGUGGCAUGCAGGUCUGCAACCUUGUUCUCAUGCUUUCUCUGCAUGGUAGCCAUAAUUCCUUCCAUUUUCUUCCGCUCCUACAAACGUGAAACCAAAGCAGUUAGAGGUGCAGACUGGCCCAGGCCUUCAAGAGGGGCUUUCAUCUGACUUUACAGAGGCUCUUUGUGAAGAGACGUGUAACCUGCUGCUGUGUGCUGCACCAAGAACAUGCAGGUAGCUCAAAGAAAAUACUGAAGAAUGCGUGCAAACUUUUCUCUUCAGUGUGACAGUAAAAUGUGUUUCUCUGAACUGUUCAUUGUUUAAAUAUGUCUGUUUCAUUGUGGAUAAAUCAUCUAGUCUCUCACAUUUAAUGUCGAAUUUGUCCUAAAUGUCAGACUGAAUCACAGGAACAACUGUUCACUGUAAACAUAGCAGGUAUCCCACUCACCUCGUCUCUCACUCUUUCCUCUGUUACAGCAAGUUGUUGUUGUAAAUCGUCCUCCAGCUCUGUCAGCUGACUGCUGAUUGACUCCUCGGCUCUGUUUGAACAGAAAAGUGUGUUCACAUUUUCAGCUGGCAGCGUCACAACUGCUCAAUCAAAGUCCGAAAGAUUAACACUACAAAAGUAUAGAAGUGCAUUUACCUGCUAUCCAUGUGUCAAGUCUACCUGACUGAUAUGACUUCAAACAUGCUGUAGAUGUGACUGUUCUGCUGCGAUCCAACAACACAUGAACCAACCAGAGUCGAGGGAGGGGCAGACUUUGAAAGGUAGAUUUCACAGGUGUGUUGAUCUUUUAAAGUGGCAUUUCUUAAUUACAUCCCACUGACAUUUGUUUUAGUUUUUUGCAAGUUUUGUGUACAAAACUUAAAAAGACUAUUUACUGCAGCACAGUGAAAACACAGACAGGAAUCCCCAGAGUAUAAAAAGUGUUAAAUAAAAUGGGCAGGGCAGCACAUUUAAGUCUUCCUACUUCCUUGAAGAGAGCAUGUCCCCUUCCUCAUGCCAUGCACUUACUGAACCACAGAAGGAGCUUAGACGCUAAUAGAAAGCUCAGACAUGCAGUCUGAUUAAAGGUACUAUGUGAGGGAUCAGUUACAGAUUUAAAAGGAAAUUAUUAUCUUCCUUAAGCCUCUAAGAUACAAACUGCACAAUAUGUGUUCAGCCUGAAUAUCAGUUACCACUGUGACCAGCACUAAAGGGAUAUUACAGUCAAGUAUCCUCUUACUGCUGCGAAGUUCACAGGAAUGACUCAAGGAUAACAUAGCUGUAUGCAAAGUUUUUUGAAAGAAUUAAACAAAAAAAAUUUAUUAAGAUUUGUAAAAAUUCUUCUAUCCUUACAAUGGCACACAACAAGCAUGGGCUUCUCGAAGCAGCUGCCUGAGGAUCUGAAAACAAAGCGACACUGAUGUCUACAAAGCAGUGGAAGGCCACAAAAGAUAUCAAAGUGCUUCAGACUAGCAAUUUCCACUGUACUGUAAUUAUGAAAUGGCAGUUUAUGAGAACUGUGGAUGUCAUGACAAAAUCAGACCAGGAAGACCAAGAAAACCUCAGACUGUAUGUAUGCUGGGCAGAAAGGCGACAGAAAGAAACCAGUAUAACUGCAAAGAAGCUGCAGGAAAGGUUUAGCUACAUGGGAGUGGUGCUUUACUGCUCCACUGUGCAUGAAAAGAGUCUUUAGAUGAAAUCUCACCUGAGAUCUCCUCACAAAAGUCAACACGUGAACUACACACAGCAACGUGUGGAGUCUGCAACAAGUGCCUUAGACUGCAAAAAAAAAAGAGCUCUUUGGCCAAAAUCGUCAGUUAAGUUUGGGAGGAGGGGGAGGAGCAGUAUUUGAUGAAAUCUGCGAGCUGUUAAGUGGGUAAAAAUAAUCUGUGUUGUGGUUGUGUGGCAGCCAGUGGCACAGGAAACACUGAGCAGAUGGAUAGAUACCACUAGCAAAUUCUGGACACAUGUUGCACAGUCAUUCAAGAAACUGAACUUGAAAAGACGCUGGCUUUCUACAACAGGCCAAUGAUCCAAAGCAAGCCUCAAAAUCCACCACAAAUUAUAUUAAGUAAUGCAAGCUGAAGCUUCUGGAAAGAUCCUCACAGUCUGCUGACUUAAACAUCGAGAUUGAAGAACUGUGGGUAGAUCUUAAACAUGUUGCGCCUGUAAGAUAGCCAAAAAACAUCUCAGCACUUGAAGUGAUCUACUGGGAAGAGUAGGAAAAAUUCAGACAGACUCUUAGCCGGACUCAAAAAGUGCUUGCAAGUUGUGUUAUCUGCCACAAACAAGAGGAAGGCGGUAUCAACAUUGUUGAGUAAACUGGCAUCAUUUGGGAUUGUAUUUCUACCACUUCAAACACACAAUUUGACACUCAAGACAAAGAGCAACAACCUCUUGGGCACACGGUUGAUGCUGAUGUAUGAGCGACAUCCAAUUACAAAUCCCAGAAGUGUCUUUAUUUUGUCUAUUUGAGUAUAAUGACUGAUGACAGAUGGCAUAGUAAACCACAGCAACACCAAAGGAGCUCAGCGGCAGUUGCAUUAAUCUGUUUUUUGAUAUCAAUUUGUGCCUGAAUCACUAAGAAUGGCAAAUAAAAUCUGCUUGUGGAGUUCAUUUUGGGAAGCGUUCAUUGUACAUUACCCAUUAAUAACCACUGAAGCUACUUUAGCCAAAAAGUUGAGAAACUUACUGAAGAUUUCCCCACGCAUACUGACAAAAUCCGUAAUGACUGGUUAUAUUUUUUCAGAAGUUUGGUCAAGACAAAAACAACAAAGGAGAGCAAAACCUGAAUUUCCACUUGAAGCCGGACUCCAAGGAAAUGCUGCUGCUCCAUGUGUGCUGGAUGUGCAAUCGGGCAAGUCAGCUCUGUAUCAAUAUUGUUUUUCAAGCCAAAAAAGAAAAUCAAUGAAUGCAGCUUUCAGUCAAGCACUUUAUUUACUCCAGAAGGCACUGGGUUUUGAUUUAUUCAUGCUCCCCGUGGUUUACAUCCACAAGAGGGCAGCAGGUCACUGCUGGAUUCAGUCAAAACAAGGUUUAGUUUCAGUCAGGGAGAUCAGGAUUAUAAUUUUUUUUUAAUUGGAAAGUUGAGGACUCAAUUUUCAAUGAGCGGAUUUUGUGUCACUAGUGAAUGUCAUCACUUCUCAACACACUGUAGCCACAGAAACCCUGUGUCAUCUUCAUCAUCAUUUGCACUUUCGUAAGAUGUGAAAAUUGUGCCUUGCUGCUCACACAACUGGCUGCUACUUACAUUCUAUGUCUAUAUUAUAUUUUAAUAUUUCAUUUUUACUUCCCUUUUACAGGUCAGUUGUUCUGAAGUCUACUGAACCCACACAUGAAAAAUUGCAUCCUACCGCCUCAAACUGGUCUCCAGCUGUUCGCACUCCAGCCUGUUGUCCAGGCUUUGACUGGUCAGAGCGCGGAUGAUUUCUUCAUACGGCUGCAGCAGAGUCAUGUUUGCAGAGGAGUGAAUGGCCUGGUAAAGAUCAGCCAGCUGCUCCCUGAGACUAUGGAGAGGAGAACGCACAGUUACAACCAGAAAUCAACAGGCCAAUGUUCAGAGGGAGAUGAUGCCACAUCUGGUCCAGCUGAUGGAAGGUCUUGAAGUUCUCUGACUGGCCUCGACUGAAGAUGGUCGUCUCACUGGAUUUAAGGUUCAGAUGCUCAGUAACAAACUCCACCAAUGAGCCAACAGGGAAGCUUUAGGUUUAUUAAAUGUUGCUAUGAAGCUGCACAAUGAGGGACGUCUGCAGAGACUGAGAAAGAGUCUCACCACAUCCUGACAUGAGGAAAAAGACUUUAUUGAAGACUACAAUGAGAAAAACUAUCAGACAGCAGACGGCUGCAUUUAAGAGAAGAAGACCAUCAAACAUCCACGUCAGCUGAUGGAGGUCCAAGAGUCUCACCGAACAGCCAACCUACAGAGUGAAGACCUCGAAUCUGAUUGGACGGCCUCCUAUUCAGCCACAUGUGUGAACAAAUGCCUCUAAGCUGAUUUGUUUUCUAAAAUAAAUCUAGUUUGAGUCCUAA